UGCCGUGGGCCUCUGUUGACACACAACUGCUCAUCUGUGAGUUGAGACCCUGACUCCCUUCCCACGGAGUGUUUUGGGGGGAGCAGAAGGAAGAGACGAUUCUCUUCAAAGAUGAACUCCACCGACCACCUGCAGAACGCUGCCAAUGCCACCUCACUGCGUGUGCCGCAGUCGCCGCGAGAGAACAGCACCUCUCUCCGGGGGGACCUGCAGGACCUCAUCCACACAGCCACCCUGGUGACCUGCACGCUUCUGCUCGUGGUCAUCUUCUGCCUGGGCUCUUACGGCAACUUCAUCGUCUUCCUGUCCUUCUUUGAUCCCGCUUUUAGGAAAUUCAGAACCAACUUUGAUUUCAUGAUCCUGAACCUGUCGUUCUGUGACCUCUUCAUUUGUGGUGUGACGGCCCCUAUGUUCACCUUUGUGCUGUUCUUCAACUCAGCCAGUCGUCUUCCGGAUGCUUUCUGCUUCACCUUCCACCUCACCAGCUCCGGCUUCAUCAUCAUGUCCCUCAAGACAGUGGCUGUGAUCGCCCUGCACCGGCUCCGCAUGGUGCUGGGGAAGCAGCCCACGCACACCGCCUCCUUUCCCUGCACCUUGCUCCUCACGCUGCUCCUGUGGGUCACCAGCUUUGCCCUGGCCACUCUGGCCACCCUGAAAACCAGCAAGUCCCACCUCUGCCUCCCCAUGUGCAGUGUGAUUGCGGGAGAAGGGAGGGCCGUUCUGUCUCUCUACGUGGUAGACUUCGCCUUCUGUGUUGCUGUGGUCUCUGUGUCUUACAUCAUGAUCGCUCAGACCCUGCGCAAGAACGCGCAAGUCAGAAAGUGCCCCCCUGUCAUCACUGUGGAUGCUUCCAGACCACAGCCUUUCAUGGGGGCCCCCAUGAAGGGAAGGGGCGAGCCCAUCCAGCGCACCAUGCCAGCUCUGUACAGGAACCAGAAUUACAACAAACUGCAGCAUGUUCAGACCCAUGGCUACACCAGGAGCCCCAACCGGCUGCCAGCUCCCGCUGCCAGCAGGCUCCAGCUGGUGUCAGCCAUCAACCUCUCCACUGCCAAGGACUCCAAAGCGGUGGUCACCUGUGUGAUCAUUGUGCUGUCCGCCCUGGUGUGCUGUCUUCCUCUGGGGAUCGCCUUGGUGCAGGUGGUUCUGUCCAGCGAUGGGAGCUUCCUCCUGUACCAGUUUGAACUGCUUGGAUUUACCCUGAUAUUUUUCAAGUCAGGACUAAACCCCUUCGUGUAUUCUCGGAACAGCGCAGGGCUGAGGCGGAAAGUGUGCUGGUGCCUCCAGUGCACGGGCCUGGGCUUUUUGUGCUGCAAACAGAAGACCCGCCUUCGUGCCGUGGGGAAAGGGAACCUUGAAGUCAACAGAAAUAAAUCCUCCCAUCACGAAACCAACUCUGCGUACAUGUUGUCUCCAAAGCCGCAGAAGAAAUUCAUGGACCAGGCGUGUGGCCCAAGUCGCUCCAAGGAAAGUGUGGGCAGUCCCAGGGUCUCGGCUGGACAUCAGCAUUACGGUCAGAGCAGUUCCACCCCCAUCCACACCCGGAUUGAACCGCACUACAGCGUCUACAACAGCAGCCCCUCCCAGGAGGAGAGCAUCCCACACAACGUACAGCCAGUCAGCACCUUUGGGCUCGCCCAUUCGUACAUGGCCAUGCAUUACCACACUGCCAGUGAGCCAAUGCCAGAGUACAACAGCCCUGUGGCCAAGCAGAUCCCAGUGCCCUCGGUGUAAAGCCCCGGGCCGAGGGGUCUCCUAUCAGACACGGGUGUUUUAACUCUCGUGGGUGGUGAGAUAGAUCAGAACCUAAAGAUGCGGUUCAGUCCAUGGUACUUUGAUUUCCUUUGGCCUGAAGUAUUAACAUCUGUUGAUUUGCCUUCUAGUUCUUGAGCAUUUUAAGAUUUGGUGUAACAGUUUGUUACGAAGAUUUUUACCCUGACUUGUGUCCUAGUCUUUUGUACUGAAUCUUUAAAUAGAUUUCAGGAAUGAGUCUACUACUAUGAUAAAAGUAGAAACAUCAAUUGCUUAUAAUUAUUUGAGUCAGUGUUAUGGGUCUUCAAGGUUUACAUUGACUGGAUUUUUGAAGGUGUCAUUUUUAUAAGUAGAUUUCAAAUUUUGAUUCUCUGAAGUGUUGAAAUAGGGAAGAAUAUGCCUUUUUUGCUAACAGGCUGAUUUGAAUACAUAAUAUAUUGUUCAAGCAGAAAGUCAGAAAUAUUUUAUCUAUAACUCUACCGUUCCCCCCAAGUGUGCACAAGUACCGGAUAUUAAGAACUUUCCUCCCCUUAGAAGGCAGCCAACAAAGAAUGUCUUCUAAUUUUCUGCCAUUUUGUAUGACCGGUGGCAUCAGGUUGUGUCAGUUGGAGAUGGAGUUCUUCAAAGGAGCAAUGCCUUGGCUUCUUAAAAUGGAAUUGUGCCGUCGGAUGAUCUUGCCCGUGAAGCCCCGUGAGGAGGGCUGCAUCUGCAGUUAGAAGCAGCAGAGCAUAGGAAAGGAAGCCGGUGCACCCUCAAGGGGACUCCAGCUCAUGGCAGCCCGUGCGCAGCAGAGGACGACUGUGCUCCACCAGGUUUUCCGUGGUUGCUUUUUUGGAAGCUGAUCACUUCCCAAGCCACCAGCCAGUUAGCAGCUGGGCAUAUUAAUUGUUUACAUCACUCAGAAGUGCACCUGUAUAGAGCCGUGGUUCUCAACCUUCCUAAUGCCAUCACCCUUUAAUACAGUUCCUCAUGUUGUGGUGACCCCCU